AUGAGCGACAAUCGUGGGCUGCGGCAGCAGGUGUGAAAGGAACCCGGACUCCUUGAUGUUAGAUAUAAAACGCCUGCAAGCCUUAGUCUUAUGUAAGACGCGUCUUAUUUUUCCUCGUAUAAAUGGCCCUAAUGAGAAAUGCUAACGGCCCGGAAGGUGAAAAUGAGCGGCAGUGAAAAACAAAAGCGAAGAUGCCGACACAGGAGACAAAAUAUUGGGUAAGCACAUACGACAAUUCCUCCAUAAAAGUAAUGUGUAACUAAGAAGUUUGACGUUUUAGCCCUACAAAACAGCGUUGUAGUUGCGCAAAACAACGGCAAAGAAAGACAAAAAGCGUGCUGCAUGUGCAAAUUUGUUUUCUUUUCCUAAUUAGAAAAAAAAGUGUACUGCACGUGCAAUUUGUUUUUUUGCUAGUUAGAUCUAUUGAUCUUGAUGCCAUUUUCAUUGCCGUCCCCGUUUAGCAUUACACGAUUUAAGUUUUUUUUGUUUUGAAUUAUUAUUAACAAAGCUUCGCUUUUAGCCCUGGCUAAAUCUAUAUAUUGCAUACCCUUCUACGGCGCCAGACCAUGCUUAGGACCUUUUGACUGGGCUGGUCCGAUUUCCAAGAUCUCGCCUCUCCUCUAAAUCCUUUGUAAAAUUUUGGAUGUGUUCAUAUGAGAGGGUGGGAUGGCUCGGUUCCCGAGAUCUCGGUUUUUCCAACCGGGAUCUCGGUAAGCAGGCUCAAAAUUUUGCCAUAUGAACAUUUCAGCCCGGUUACCGCGAUGAAAGCGGGAUAAAUUCUAGCGGCUCGGAUGGCGUUGUCUUGCCUUGCCUGCUGUGUUUUCUACGUCAUAAGCAUCCCAUUUAACUGCAGCGAUACAGCUUUAAGGGUUGCCAAAUCUAUGGUUGGCGCGAAAGUUAUAAAUAUUGUGUUUUCCCAUGUUUGUUUUGUUUUUCGAAUUUCUCGCCGGCACUCGUCUCUUCUUCAGGUCAUCAAUGCGAUUUACCUAUCACUUACUGAUUAGGCGCUGGGCAGCCUUUGUGGGGUAUAGCUACUCCAUUAACUACUAAAGUGAUACAGCUUGUCCAGCAGCCGCGGAAUAAAACGACGGUUCCUCAUUUCAGAAGACCUUCGAGUGCAAUGUGGCAGUCUGUCAUAUAAUUUUGCGAACUGCUGCGUGUUACUUCAAGACCAUCCCUACGUAAUACAUAGACGAUCUCUAAAUCCGUCCCGCAGCUCUGUGCACAAGAGAACAGCAAAAAUCUUCCUUUGAUCACCCAAUUAAAUUUCAAAAGGUGAACUAAUUUAAUAUUUCUUGGCCUAAAUAGCGGCACUCCAGAACUGCAAGAACUGCCUGUAUUCGUAACUCGAUGGCUUCACGUUCACCAUUUACACUUCGGACUUAAAAAAAAACAAGGGAGGCACGGUUCGAGGCCAGGGGCCUAAAAAUCGGGAGCCGGGGCCUUGAACUCUUAACACCGUGGUUGCACCUUUUACUGAUGUAGACAUAAAUUUAUCUCUGCAGGCCGGCGCUAUUGUGAAAUCUUACAAGUGCUAUGUUUUGAAUUGGAUUCGGAUACCUUUGAUGAACGUUUUGAUGUGCACUUUGCACGACUUGCGCGUUGUGUCUCCGUAAAAUACUACGAAAUAUAACUUUCUUGAAGCCAAGUCUAAAAGAUUCGUUAAAGAUCGCAUAGAGAACAGGAUUCAUGGCAGAGUUAAGCACUUGAAGCCAAAGGAUAAAUGGAAUUAACCAGAUGGGUAAAGUGCGUGCCAGCUCUGUAGCCAGGGGAUGUAUCCAGACGAAAAUAAAUUGCGGUGCCCAACAGACAAAAAAUGAAAGUACAACAGCAAUCAUCAUUUUGGUGAUUUUCCGUGCCAUACGAUUUGCUCUUUGUUGUUGCAAAGCGCUCGGUUCUCCAGGAACAUGCCUUGUCCACAGAUGAUAGAUGAUGAUUGGGUAAAGUAUUAGCAUCACUGUAAAUGGAAGCAGAAAGCAUAUGCUCAGCGUGAUCACCAUACUUGAAGGAACUUGUUCUUCGUGGCAGACUGAGAUGUUCAGUCUUGAACUCGAGGAACUUUUACCGCCAUUUUCGUGCCACAUGUGUAUGGGAAGUAAAAUAGCCGCGAGCCAUAUUGCAGGAAUAAUAACCUUUGUGAAUUUGGACCAAGGUUGGUGCUUUAGUGGUCGGAUCACAGCCAAAAAGCGAUCUGUUUGUAUCCCAACCAGGCUAAAACUACAGCCCAGGAGAGCGACCAAAACAAGAUAGAAAUUCAGUUUGCAUAGCAAACCUCCAAAUGUCCCAGGAAUCCAAACUAAUCCAACAAACAAGAACUUGAUUAAUGGCGGGCACGUCACUGAUGUCGUUACCAAGUCUCCACAGGCCAUGUUGAGUAUAAGAAGGAAUGUGGUGGACUUCAAUAGCUGAUCCUUCCUGAUUAUAUGGAUCACCAUCGAGUUACCGAGGAAGGAUACAAUAAAUGCCAGGCUGGUCAGGAACGUGAAGACUACUUUGAUAGUUAGGGAAAAGUCUGGCGAUUUAAGGAUAAACAAAGAUAGGGAAAAAAGCAAAGUGGAACUCAGAAUUCAACUUUUCUCGAUGUUCAAAAAGGUCAAAAAGCCUCAAAUUAAGUUAGUAUAAGCAUGACUUCACUGCUAAAGAAUGAGAAACUUAUUCAGUUUUCCUCUUUGACACCAAGCCUGGAUCCUUUUACGAAGAAAACACGAUGAUAAAAUUUAGUCAAAGCUCAUAAAUACACAAUUUAAAGCACUUUGUAUUGCCUAGAAAACGCCAUAAAGUCAGGGUGGUAAGUUGCAACUGUUUUUUUAACGCCAGACUUGUGGACCACUCGAAACACAUUAUUAAAAUUUUCGGUUAAAAUCCAGGGUUUAUGAUUUUUUUCAUAUAAUACCAAAGCAAUUAAUUUUUUAUGAAUGUCUUUUAAUGUGAUAUAAUAAGAUCAAAGUAUUUUUCCUUUUGGUUUUCUAGGUCUGAAAUUAAUUUAAAUCCAAACAACUAUUGUGAUAUUAAAAAAACUCCAGAUUUUUGAAAUUUCUUAAAGCCGUUUAUUAAUAUCUGCAAUAAAACGGACCAAAAUCGGUGAUAGAAAAUUAAAUAUUAUGCACCGAAUAAAAAAAGCUUUUCUGGCUAAUGACGAUUUUAUCCUACCUUGUGUUCGGCGGUCUGUACUAUUUUCCAUUCUAGGUGCUGCUUUUUUGGUAAUGGUCAAACUAAUUUGCAGCUUUAUCCUCUCUUGGAACUGCGAAUUAUUACAACGCCUCUGAAACUGGCCAAGUAAUUAUUCUGAAUUAAUUAACGUGUUUUGUACAACGGCUGAAGUUUGUUUAUUCUUCUCUUUGUGUAGCCUCAUAUAUAUUUGGUUAAAAAUAAAUAUAUAUGAUCAGUUUUUUUAAUUAGAAAAGUUGCUUCUUAGCGAUCUGCUUGUGGAUGCCAUGAAGUAUCUUAACAGGUUUAAGAUCAUUGAAACUACAAGAAAGUUUUUCUUAAUAUGGUAAUUUAAUUUAAUCUCGCACUUCCCAAACCAGAGAUACGAUCAGCUAGAUACAAUUUAGCACAGAAAAGUAAAUGGAGAGACUUGAGAUUAAUGCGGAAACUUUCCCCUGUACAAAUACAAACAAAGAAGGAAGGCACGUACUCAUCAAUUAUAAAUUCACAGACAAAAAAUUAAAUUUAACGCAAAAAGUUAAUAACCGACACCUCUUUUAAGUUACUGUUUGUCCUUUAUUUGAGUGUUUAUUCAGUGGAGACCUUUUUAGCAUUGACUUUUCAAGGAUGUCGGACUAAAACGUUUCAGUUAGAGUGGCAGUCAAGAGCGCUUCUGGCGCUUGAACCUUCUCUGACGAGUUUUUCACUGUCGAUCGCCAUUAUCAUUUACAUUAUUUCGCACCUUACAGCUGUAUACACAAACGGCAAUUGGUUUGCACUUAGACUGCAAAACAGUCCGUAUUUUGGCGUAUUCAAGUACGCACCAAGCAGUGAAACAAAAGGUCUGGAACUUCUUUACUGAUUGUGACAAAAAACCGACUGUUUUGCAGUCUAGUUUGCACUAGAAAAGAAGAAGUUUAGCAGCUUUUUAAAAAACCUCUAAUUUCAUUCGUUUUGUUUGUUGUAAAGCCUCAUAACAGUACAGCAUUGCAGCCCGGCGGAACUUGUAACUCAAGACAUCACCUGCUCCAUGAGGCCACGUGAGUGUGAGAGCUAAGAGCUCAAUCUUGCUGUAACAUGACUUCUCUUGGGCUGUAUCAUGGCUAUCUAGAAAAAGGCGGAAAUUUGACAGGAGACAAAAAGAAAAACGUGAGAAAACUAACAUGCAUAUAGCUGUAACAGGCACAAAAAUACAUUCAACAGAAAAUGAUAAAAAGCAACACUUUCUUGUGGUACUGUAUAUUAUGCUGUACCAGGGGUUUUAACUUCUCAGCGGGGGCAUGGACUCCUGUUCUCAGUCGUUCAAUAUUUUUUUGCUUACAUCUUGAAGGUACGAAUUUGUCUUAUCAUUUUUUUAAGAUCAUGAUUCUAACUUGGAAUACCGUAUUUCCUCGAAUAAUAGCCGGGGGCAAUUAUUUCUUUUUUCGUACAAAAAGGGGGCGAUUAUUGGACGGAGGCGAUUAUUUAAAAUAUUGCUCACUGGAAGUCGUGCCCUCAAUAUUAUGCUAUAUUUUCCUAUUAAAUCAAAAAAUAAUCACGUCAGUAUACUGAUGGGCUCCUGACUGAACAUGGGCUUUUUUCAAAGUAUUCCAAGUUUAGUUCCUUUAUUAAUUUUCAGAGCUUGAAUCGUUACUGAUCAGUUUUGCUGAGUCUCAUUGCACUUCAACUUGACAGGAGGGAUAAAAGGAAGAGAAGAUGGCGAGAGGGGCAGGGGAGGGACGAUUAUUCGUGGGAGGCGAUUUAUAAGAGGCGAUAUACGGUCAGCUCGUCAACAGGCCACUUACAAAAAGCUCGAAAUUUACGCGAGGGACUGGGAAUAGACAGCUGGCGCGGGAGAUUUACAUGAAAAUAGCGUGACGAAGAUAAACAAAGUCUUACAAAUUUUCGCCAAAUUCGGCGUCCGUUUGGGUUUAUUUUCCAGUACUCGACACCUAUGGAACGACAAGAAGUAGUUCUAAGCGACGGAGAUGGUUUUCAGAGUACUCAAACGCUCUUUAAAAGAGUCAUGGCCGUAUGUUACAUACAGACCGUGAUCACGGUAAUCAAAAACUCGAGGAAGACAGAUCGUCAUAAGUGAGCUGCUCUAUUUUGCAGUAAACUUGUUUAAUGUUGUUUUAACUGAUCUUCACACUCUGUACAAGAUCUGUGUUAGGCAAUGCUUAAAAUGUGUGUAUUCUUUGUGAAAUUGCAGGAGAGGAACUGGUUUCUAUUCAAAGCUAACGUUGGAUGACUUCGGCGAAAUUUUUGGCAUCUUUACGAAUAACCACGUGUUGAAUUCAAUCGGUGAAGCUGAAAAUGCAUUUGCUACUUUUGGUUAUGACGACGCGAGCGGCGGUCAGAGAGUGAAAUUAAGACCUGAAGUAAUCUUUCGAACGAACAAAGUGAGUUUAUUUAGAAAGCAAUAGUGAAAGUGAAACAUUUCUGCCAUCUGCUCAAAAGUUUAUGAUGUAUUCACACUUGGUGCUCUCCAGCUGGCACCAUGCCAAAGCAUGAUACUCACAAGCUACUAAUGUGAACACAACUUUUUUGUUGAGUACCUACCCACAUGAGACAGUGACCAGCAUAAUUAGGCAAGGUAUCCCUGCCUGAGGACAAUGUUAAGACCUGGUACUUGGCCAGGAACUAUUACUUGGCACUGGGUCCCUGUGUGCAUAAGUUCUUGGUUAACCUCAUAGCACUUUGACCAUAAUCCGGUUAUGCUCACAUUACAAAAGCCAUCUGAAACAAGUAGAUGACUGGGUACCGUAUUUACUCAAAUAAGUGCCCAACUUCGAAUUAGCGCCCACCUCGAAUAAGCGCUCAUUUUAAAGGCAGAAAAAGUUAAUAGGGACCUUAAGCAAGGACGACGGCAGUGAAGUUCUUCAUGGUUUCACUGUUGCUGGUGGAUCUCCACCCUAAUAAAAUACCCCUCUUUCUUAGGUGUCAAGAAUGUCAGAAGUGUAUUGGAAUUGGGGUCAAAACAUGGAAAUUAAGGUCGUGAAAAUUGUAGUUGAUGUCGCAGAAAUUAAAGUUUACUGAAAUUAAAAAGCAUUAAUUUCCUGUAAUAAGGUAUUUUAGGUUUCGCUCAUUUUGGUGGCUGUUCUCUUUGUUAGAAUUUUGAUAAAUUUUGUGACACAGCUCCUUAAAUGUUCUUCUUCUGUGAGAUAAGCUCUGCGAAAUCUUAGAAGAAAAACAGAAUGUUGGUACAUGAUUAUCAGUGAGCUGAAAUAAUACCUAAUAAUAUUUUAUUGUGACAAAAUCUGGAAAGUUUCUCUUCAUCAUGAGGUUUUCACUGCCAUUGACUUCUUUGUUACUCAAAGUUCCUAUGUAUCAUUAAACCUUCAGUGGUUUAUAUUAUUGUUAUUUUUUAUAACCUAUGAUUUCACUUCUAACAAGUACCCUUACCGUUUAUUUCCAGGAACUAGACUACACAUUUGUCGGCGUUAAAAAAAAAGAGAUUGAUGAUUUGAACCUAAGCAUACAGCCCAUUGCUAUGGAGCCAGAACCAGAACUUAGAAAGGAUGAUGGAAUCUUUGUAUUUCAGCAUCCCAAAGGUCAACCUAAACAGUACAGCCAAGACAAAAUAUUGGGAGUUCAACCACCUUUUGUCUUCUACAAAGCUGACACGGAAACUGGUUCCUCUGGAUCCCCUGUACUCACAACAGUUGGGUUGAAGCUGGUGGGAAUUCAUCACAAGGGCAGUGAAGAAUUGAGCUACAACAAAGGGACAUUGUGUAGUGAAGUCUUGCAGCAUCUGAAUAGUGGAAUGUGUAUGUCACUUUAGUUACUUCUGAGUUAUGUCUUGGAACGAACUUGUGGCACAAAUUUUAUUGAUAACAUAUUUUGCCACCGUUUUCAGUCUUAAUGUGUCUUAGUUCUGUGGUUUUCAUGUUGCUUUGAACUUAAUGACUUUUUGGUUGAUGGUGGAAGUUUGAUACAAUGGGUCCCUUUAUAUUAAUGAAACCCCAUUAAAACGAGCAAUAUUCCUCCCAUCUUUGCAAAAAUUGCAAAAUGCCAGCUUUUUUUGUCAGGCUAGAUACAUAAUUAUACUAGCAUAUCUUGAUUGCUAUUUAUUUUUUUCACAGAUACACAGCCUUCUGGAGGUUUCUCUGACAGCCAGGAUAAGGAAAUUUUUGAGGGUAUUUUAUCAUUGACCAAUCUUAGAGCAUUUUAUUGUUCCUCCAUCCACACCUUACCCCGUAGAGUAAAUUUAUCCACUGUUCUCAGGACAAUAAUAAUUCCAAAAAGGGUUGCCAUCUUUUCACUCUGCAAAAAUUUGCUUUGGAGAUUCCUCCAGCAAAUAUCUGUUAGCUAUAAAAAUGGGCAAAAAAAACCAAAUUAUUUUACUCAUCACUAGAAAUUCCUCAGGAAAAUAUCUUUGAGCUACAAAAAUGUGUAAAAAAUUAUUUCACUUAUUACUGGCACUAUUGUAUGGCCCUCACUUUUAUGCGUGGUUCCUUUAAAUAUUUGUACCUACUCCAUGGAGAGUCAGUAGAAAUUCUGACGUGAAAAGGGGGAGGGGGCUCUUAAAAAUGAAUAUCUGAAUUCUAAAUUCGGGGCUCAAAAAAAAUUCCUGUCCAGUAGUCUAAGACUAGAAGUUUUUUUUUUGCUGGGCAUGUAACUUGUAAAGCUUACUAGGUAAGCUUUGAAAGUUGCCCAGUAGGUAGGGGUUCAGGCAAAUCAUUCUCUAAACUAAUUCAUUAACAAAGAUGAGCAAGAAGUGGCCCUGGUCAAGAAAAAUAUGAGAGCUGCUUGCAUUGCCCAAAGGACAAGCUGGGAUUCAAUUUUUUAGCACAGUAAACUGAAAUUUAUUCAGAGAGGUGUGAAAAUGUGGUCUCACCCCGGGGGGUACUCCGGAUUUCAAGUGACAGGGAUGAAGGAUUUUUUGGGGUUUGAAAUUUUCGAUUUCAGGAUUUUUUGGGGAAGGAAAAUUUUGGCAAGUAUUUUUUUGGGAAGCUUGAUUUAAGUAGGGAUUUUUUUGGGUAUUCAAAACUAAUGUUUCUAUUUUUCAUGUUAUAUCAUUUAAUGCUUUCUGGAAAUUUUUAGGGCUCGCAAAUUCGGCAUGGGGAUUUUUUUGGGGUUAAAUUUUGGUCCAGGGAUUCUUUUUGGGGUUUGUUUAAACCCCAAGGGAUUUUUUCGGGUUUUGAUUGUUGCCCCCAUUCGAUCACACCUGUCACGUGAAAUCCGGAGUAUCCCCCUGGGGGGUCUCAACCAAAACCCUUUAUUGAGGGUGAUGUAUAGAUGUUUCCUAUAGAUAAGGAGGUAACCCUGUUUUGUAAGUGGGUGUAUUUGAAAAACUGACAGGUGCAUUGUUAUUUUCUCUACACAGAUAACCCUCCAGCCAAAAAGUUAAAAUUAGAGAGCAAAGAAAGUCAACAGCCAUCUGAGGAUGACCUUACGGAUUUGUCGAAGGAAAUUACUCCUUUUUGGAAACAUCUUGGACGUAAGCUAAAAAUACCCAAUACAAGUAUUAUGGACAUUCAGAGUGACAAUAUUCAAUUCCCAGGGGUAAAAGAGAAAGCCUUUCAGAUGUUAAUGGUCUGGGUGGAUUUGCGAGGGGAGUUAGCUACAUUUGGUGAAUUAUCAAAGGCACUGAAUGCACUUGAUAAGAACAGGCUAGCUCAGAAAUACUGCUCUUUAUAACAAUCAUUGGAAAUGUUAGCCCAUGCAGUAAGGCUGGUUUUAUGUACUGGUACAUUAUAAUUUUUGACACGGAUCUGGAGAAAGAAUUUGAGGAACCAAAAAAUCACCCAUGUAGGAUGAAUUGUAGCCUUGGACUAGCAGAUCCUUUUGGCUAAUAAUUAGUGGUCUGUAAACCCACUAUUAGCUGAUGGUUAAGUGAUGUUUGGGAAAGAACUUUGUAACAUAUGAAAGGUGGAUUCUACCUGAAUUCUCAGAGAGACACAAAUG